AUCUGAAUGAAUGUUAUGUUCGCUUUUCAUCAAUUAUGCAAAUGUCUGCUCCACCGAGGCGAACAGAGCGAAGCACAAUGUUGACAUCCUGUGGAUAUCCUUUGUACGAUGGUUUAUCCAACCACUGUAAUCUGUAUCACGUUUUUUCGUACAUCCAUCUCUGAUGUUACAAAAAUGGAUAAGUGUAUGGUAGCAACUCUAUGACAGGAAACUCUCCUGACGCAGGAUAAGUCAAGAAUUUUGGAGUGUAAGAUACUAGCAAGAUGCUGCAUCAGAAAGUGUUUAACUAUUCCUUUCAGGAAAAGCUCUAUUCAUUAGGGUUCUACCUCCUUUUACCAUGGACCUGGAACUUAAAUCAACUGAUGGCCCUAUUUUUGAGGACCACUGACGAGCUCCAGGAUGGUGAUGCCAUGCCAUGCUACGAGCGAGUCAUCACUCUAAUCUUUCUUGUGCCAAUCAUGAUAGCAAUCAUAAUAAUUUCCUGCCCCUUUGCAGGGCUUGGGUUUGCCUUAAGGGUCAUUAUGGCCAGGUUCCGUCGGCCUUAUCGUUUCUCCUUCAAAAGCAACCCUUACCUGAUUAACGUCAACAAUCGAAUCUGGACUGACUUAUCUGAAAAGAGGAAUUUUAAGUUCGCCUUUGUUGACUCAUGUCUCAUGCCUGAGGCCAUGGCAAGGAUGAACAAUCUUGGCCAGGUGCAGUACAGGGCAAAACAGAUGGCCACGCAUAUUGUCAACUCACAACUGCGACCCAAUCCCAAAAUAUUUAUUCACUCACCUUCAGAUGGUGAGCUCAAACAAUCAUGCAUCUAUCAUUCACCAAGUACCUCCGUUUUAAUGACGCCUCAGAACAUAAGCCACCUUGCAGGAGAUGAGGACAAUGUUUUGAAAUUUGACAUGAACAGACAAUAUUCUUCAAGAGGUAGUGUAUCAAAAGACGAUACUCUUCCUAUGAGGGACAAGGACCGACGUCGCCAACGUAGGGAUAGGAGUCCAGAUCCCCAACGAUCCCCACGAAUGUCAAGGACUAAUGCAGGAAGCAGUAAACAAUCACCAAAGCCACCUCGAAGCCAGGUGAGGAAACAGCGAGAACUUCCACCACAACCUGGUGGAUCAGCCGAUGUAGACAUUCCUGAUAUUGUGCCAAGUCGUGGUGGUCCUAUCUCCUCACCAUCAUCACCAGAUUCUGUAGGUUCUACAUCUACAGUGAGACUCCAGACAUCACAGAGUCAGUACGCUUCUUCCGUAGGACCUUCCACACCUGGUAACACCAUUCCUAGAACGACCAUCACCCACUGUCCCAUGUCCUUCUGCAGUCAGAGUAGCAUUCGUGAACGUCUUGGACCAUGCGAACAUGGCAUUAGUUCAAACUUCCCUGCCCAUCUUGAUUUCAUCUGCUUUCAAGAGGUCUUCGAGCAAAGAGCAGCAGAUCGCUUGAUUAAAAUUCUUCACAAUUACUUUAGCUAUAUACUGUACGAUGUAGGAGUCAAUUCUUGGAGUGUAAACCGUUUUCUGCUCAACAGUGGCCUGGUGUUUGGGAGCAGGUACCCCAUAGUGGAUGUAGUAUUUGAAUAUUUUAAGGAGAGUCAAAAAGAGGACAGAUUUGUUUCCAAGGGAGUUCUUAUGGUCAAGGUAAGCUCUUAAAUCCUUACCUUAGUUUUGUUUUGACAUUUUGGAAUGAAUAUACUCGUGAAUAUGCAUGCUAUU